AUGACGGCCAGCUCCGUGGAGCAGCUGCGGAAGGAGGGCAACGAGCUGUUCAAAUGCGGGGACUACGAGGGCGCCCUGGCGGCCUACACGCAGGCCCUGGACCUGGGGGCUGCGACGCCCCAGGACCAGGCCAUUCUGCACCGGAACCGGGCCGCCUGCCACCUUAAGCUGGAGGAUUACAGCAAAGCAGAAACCGAGGCCUCCAAAGCCAUCGCCGAGGACGGCGGGGACGUCAAGGCGCUGUUCCGGCGGAGCCAGGCCCUGGAGAAGCUGGGCCGCCUGGACCAGGCCGCCCUGGACCUGCAGCGCUGCGUGAGCCUGGAGCCCAGGAACAGAGCGUUCCAGGAGGCCCUGCGCAGCCUGGCGGGCCAGAUCCAGGAGAAGGUGCGGUACAUGUCCUCCACGGACGCCAAGGUGGAGCAGAUGUUUCAGAUCCUGCUGGACCCCCAGGAGAAGGGCACCGAGAAGAAGCAGAAGGCCUCCCAGAACCUGGUGGUGCUGGCCCGGGAGGAGGCCGGGGCCGAGAAGAUCUUCCGGAGCAACGGCGUGCCGCUGCUGCAGCGCCUGCUGGACACGGGCGAGGCCGACCUCAUGCUGGCCGCGCUGCGCACGCUGGCCGGCAUCUGCUCCGAGCACCAGUCGCGGACGGUGGCCACGCUGAGCGUGCUGGGGACGCGGCGGGUGGUCUCCGUCCUGGGCGUGGAGAGCCAGGCCGUGUCGCUGGCCGCCUGCCACCUGCUGCAGGUGAUGUUUGACGCCCUCAAGGAAGGCGUCAAGAAGGGCUUCCGGGGCAAAGAGGGCGCCAUCAUCGUGGACCCCGGCCGGGAGCUGAAGGUCCUCGUCGGCAGCCUGCUGGAGCUGCUGGCCGAGGCGGGCGUCUCGGCACAGGGCCGGGACCACGCACUGGGCCUGCUCAUCAAGGCCGUGCCCCGCGCGUCUCCCAAGGACCCCGACAACAGCCUGGCCCUCUGGGUCAUCGACCAAGGCCUGAAGAAGAUCCUGGCGGUGGGGGGCGCCGUGCAGGAGGCGCCCGGGGAGCUCGCGGUGACCGCCAACAGCCGCAUGAGCGCCUCCAUCCUGCUCAGCAAGCUCUUCGACGACCUCAAGUGCGACGCCGAGAGAGAGAACUUCCACCGCCUGUGCGAGAACUACAUCAGAAGCUGGUUCGAGGACCACGGGCUGGCCGGGAAGCUGCGGGCCAUCCAGACGGUGAGCUGCCUCCUGCAGGGCCCCUGCGACGCGGGCAACCGGGCGCUGGAGCUGGGCGGCGUGAUGGAGAGCGUGAUCGCCCUGUGCGCCUCGGAGCGGGAGGAGGAGCAGCUGGUGGCCGUGGAGGCGCUGAUCCACGCGGCCGGCAAGGCCAAGCGCGCCUCCUUCAUCACGGCCAACGGCGUCUCGCUGCUCAAGGACCUGUACAAGCGCAGCGACAAGGACAGCAUCCGCAUCCGGGCGCUGGUGGGACUCUGCAAGCUCGGCUCGGCCGGGGGGACGGACUCCAGCAUGAAGCAGUUUGCUGAAGGCUCCACCCUCAGGCUGGCUAAGCAGUGUCGCAAGUGGCUGUGCAACGACCAGAUUGACGCGGGCACGCGGCGCUGGGCCGUGGAGGGCCUGGCCUACCUCACCUUCGACGCCGACGUGAAGGAGGAGUUCGUGGAGGACAAGGCGGCCCUGAAGGCUCUGUUCCAGCUCAGCCAGUCCGAGGAGCGCUCGGUGCUCUUCGCCGUGGCCUCGGCGCUGGUGAACUGCACCAACAGCUACGACUACGAGGAGCCAGACCCCAAGAUGGUGGAGCUGGCCAAGUACGCCAAGCAGCAUGUGCCGGAGCAGCACCCCAAGGACAAGCCGAGCUUCGUGCGGGCCCGGGUGAAGAAGCUGCUGGCCGCGGGCGUGGUGUCCGCCAUGACGUGCAUGGUGAAGACCGAGAGCCCCGUGAUGACCAGCUCCUGCCGGGAGCUGCUGUCCAGGGUCUUCCUGGCUCUGGUGGAGGAGGCGGAGGACCGCGGCACGGUGGUGGCCCAGGGCGGGGGCAAGGCUCUGCUCCCGCUGGCCCUGGAGGGCACGGACGUGGGGCAGACGAAGGCGGCCCAGGCCCUCGCCAAGCUCACCAUCACCUCCAACCCCGAGAUGACCUUUCCCGGAGAGCGGGUCUAUGAGGUGAUCCGGCCCCUCGUGUCCUUGCUGCACCUCAACUGCUCAGGCCUGCAGAACUUCGAGGCGCUCAUGGCUCUCACCAACCUGGCGGGGAUCAGCGAGAGGCUGCGGCAGAAGAUCCUGAAGGAGAAGGCCGUGCCCAUGAUCGAGGGCUACAUGUUUGAGGACCACGAGCUGAUCCGCCGCGCGGCCACGGAGUGCAUGUGCAACUUGGCCAUGAGCAAGGAGGUUCAGGACCUCUUCGAGGCCGAGGGCAACGACCGCCUGAAGCUGCUGGUGCUGUACAGCGGGGAGGACGACGAGCUGCUGCGACGGGCGGCGGCCGGGGGCCUGGCCAUGCUCACCUCCCUGCGGCCCUCCCUGUGCAGCCGCAUCCCCCAGGUGACCACGCACUGGCUGGAGAUCCUGCAGGCCCUGCUCCUGAGCCCCAGCCAGGAGCUGCAGCACCGGGGCGCCGUGGUGGUGCUCAACAUGGUGGAGGCCUCGCGGGAGGCGGCCGCCGCCCUGAUGGAGAGCGAGGUGCUGGAGAUCCUGUCCGUGCUGGCCAAGGGCGCCGAGGGCCCCGUCUCCAAGGCGGCCGCGGCGUGCCUGGGGAAAGCCGUGGAAUACGGGCUCAUCAAGCCCAACCAGGACGGGGAGUGA